AUGGAUCAAGAAUUUCUCUAUCAGCCUAAGCUCUCCGAGAGCUUGGUAUAUAUCAAUCAUGUUCUAAUGAAUGUAAGACUCUUCUUUCCCUCCUCUCUCAUCGGCCUUGCAACUUUCUAGUCAUUGUUUACUUUUUACGCGAAGUUGAACUUCAUCAUGUUUAAACUUUUACAAAUUGUCAUUGCUUUAACCAGUUUCUCCAAUGUUUUACUCCUCAGGAAUACAACGGAGGGUACAGUAGCGCCGCAACAUGUACUUCGAAAUCGGCUGGUAAAGAAGGCACGGAUGAUGUUCCAGCUAUCGUAGAAGCCAUCAAGACUUGUGGAAAGGGCGGAAUCAUUGUCCUUUCGGCAGAACAAACCUACUCCAUCCGAUCAACGCUUGAAUUCACCGGUUGCAGCAAUUGCGAUUUCCAGAUCGAGGGAACCAUGAAAGUCUCAAACGAUCUCGACUACUGGGGCGGCAAGAAAGCUAUCAUCAACGUCGGAAGUAUCACAGGAGCAAAGAUUCACUCUGUCACGGGUUCUGGUUUAAUUGAUGGAAAUGGACAAGCUGCGUGGGACCGCUUCGCCUCAGACAGCUCUUAUGGAAGACCAACACUGAUGGUUAUCACCAAGUCAUCCGGAAUCACUGUUGAUAAAUUGCGCUUUGUUAACGCGCCAAAUGUUUUCCAUUCUACUGGCAGUGGUUCAACAAAUAUCGUUUAUACGAAUAUUGACCUCUCGGCAAAAUCUUCCUCGAGCAAACCACCCAAAAACACUGAUGGCUGGGAUAUUGGUGCGAGUCAUAUUACUAUGGCCAAUCUCCAUGUACAAAACGAUGACGAUUGUGUUGCUUUCAAACCUGGUAAGUUCCCCUUUUGCAGCCUCUCUUCUCAAGUAUGCAAACUGAUUGUUCACCAGGAGCCGACUACGUCGAUGUGAGGAAUGUCACUUGUAUCGGUUCCCACGGCCUCUCUGUAGGCUCUCUUGGAAAAACCAAUCUUGACACUGUUUCCAACAUCUACGUCAAAGGUGCCACAAUGAAAGACUCUACCAAGGCCGUUGGAAUCAAAUACUAUCCCAGUGGUUACGGCGACGCAGUCGUCAAAAACGUCACUUACGAAGACAUUACAGUUGACAACUCUGACUACGCUAUUCAAAUCCAGAGUUGCUACAACGAGGAAGCUGAUUACUGUGCGAGCCACCCUAGUGAAGCUCAACUAGAAGGCAUCCACUUCAACAACUUCAAGGGCACGACAAGCAAAAAUUACAAGGGGACCGUGGCGAAUAUCAACUGCUCUAACAAGGACGAAUGUGAUGUUCACGUAAAGAGCUUCAGUGUUAAGUCAGCUGGUGGUACAGCAGCAGUUUUGUGCGCACAUACGCCACGUGAUAUUGGUGUUACUUGUGCUUCUGGUGCUAAUGGACGAUUAAAUGUUCUUUUGAGAAAGCUGGAUUUUGGACACUCAUUCUUUAAUAUACUUUAUUGAAAAGGGAUUAUUUGUAUAUACUUUAUUUUCUUUGCUCAAGGCAAGCUGCUCAAAGCAGGUACAUAGUCAUCAGAUAGGAUCCAGAAUUGAUUCUUCAUUUAAUUCCAUUAUUCCAGAUGUUUGCUAGUGUGCACUUGUAGUUCUGGUUUGGUUAAAGGCUGAGUUUAAAGGGCCGAUUACACAAACGAAUUGAUGAGUGAUGUGGUGAUAAUGUGAUGAUUUUAGCGAAAGAACCUGUCAAUGCUUUAGGUACUCAGUUCAAAAUUCAAGACUUUCUGGAUGGACAGGGAUAGAAUAUGACGUUCGAUAAGUAUUAAAUAUGUUUGGUUAUCUCACUUAUCUAGAGAAACUGUGGUCGGAUCUACCAAGUAUAAGCAUCUUUAUCAAUCCAGUCAAUGAAUGGCUGAGUCCCAUUAACAUCCAUAAACACAUCUUUUGGCGUCUCAUACUUUCUGGCCUGGUCAGCCGUAAACUCAAUCGUGACAUUGCCCUUAAUCCGAGCAUGUAAAUCAAAACCCGGACCCGAAUUAUGAUACUCAGCCAUCUUGGUCCAAUUAGCGUUAAAAUGUUCCUGAGCCGGAUCGGUCGACCAUUUUUUAUAUCCUGCUCCGUUUAUCGUAGCAUCGAGAUAAGUAUUUGAAAACACACUUAAAUGUUGCGAAUUCCAUGGUCGCCCGAGAAAGCAUUUUCCAGCUAUGGUGGGGGCAAUGGAACUGUUGGCUGCUACAACUGUCGAGUCGGAGACGAACACUCCGUAUUUGUUAGGGAAGGUGGUGUUUACGCCUUUCCACGCUGUGAUUCCCCCGCCACAGUUUCUUAGGGAGAGUGUCGAGUUUUGAAUCCAAGCCGUUCCAAACCCGUAAAGGAAGUCGGUUUGACCAGCUAUGGUGUUUCGGUAGAAAUAUGCGUUUCCCAAUUUUCCUACAUAAACCUGUGUUUUGCUUUCAGUAAACAUGUCAAGCAAAGAAAGCGGAGUACUUACGGUAUCUUGAUAACUGUAGAGCCCAGAAUAAUAAAACCCAGCAUUCGCUCUGCUAACACUGACUGCCAAUGAUGGCCCAUCACUCUUUUCGGAGAAAACGUUUCUGAAAUCGAUAUUAUACACUUUGAAAUCAAUAUUUCCAAAAGGUGUAUUUUCUGGGACUGCGUAUCCAGUGGGGCCAGCUCCCGUGAGACUAGCUUCCAGAGUCGGAGCAACUGUCAAUACCGAAGUAAACGCAUUAUCCGUAAAUAUUCCAUUGUUUUGAUUUGCGGAUGCCCAUGAGAUCGUGACUGUGUUCUCACUCUGCUGGUUGGUAUUUUUGAUCUGGCCAAGAAGUGUGAGAGGUCCGGACCUUGUGACAUUUAGUUGUUCAUUGUAUAUUCCUGGAAGAAUAAGGAUUGUUGAUGGGGUUGUUUCAUCCAGGGAAAGUAUCGCUGAUUGGAUGGAAGUGAAGUUUGCAUUGCUAUCAGUGGCAGAAACCAAAAUUGAGCUUGAGGGACAGUCUGUGAGCGGAUCUAAAGUAGGUGAUUGACAUUUGCUGAAUGUGGACAUAUCGGCAUUGACAAGAAUGAGAAAGUCAAUUGCAAUCAGGGUCAUUGGAAGCCAAGAAGACUGUAUUCUGGAGAGCAACAUCUCGAAAUAGAACGAGGUGAUUUGCAAGGUUCUGGACAAAUUCCGAAAAUAUUUCGCGGCAGUGAGUAUGGGCAGGCUGUAGAGGACGUGUGGGCUAUUCUGUGAAAACACAAACAAAUCAUUAAAGGCAAAGGUGACAAAUGAGUACAGUCGAAAUCUUUUGAAUAAUCCGUGAGUGGUGGAAAAAGAUGGGAAAACGUGGGGUUUGCGGAGGCGGGGUCCCCAUGUUUACCUGCUCUCCAGGGGCAUCGUUUGUGACAUAGUGUAGUCCACAGCAAGCUAUUUUAGCCUGAAGGCAACCCCGCAAAACCCCAUAGCCCCAUACUCAAAGGAGGCCCGCCGGUGGAUUUUCACCAGCAUCUCUUCAUUGAAAUGUUGAGCGUUGUCUUAAUUGUGACUCCCCGAGUCGUUCUCGUCAUCUGCACACGUUUAAAUUUGCCCCUGAAUUUCAGUGGGAAAAUGUUGGCCCGUAUAACCGUAGUGGACGAAUACGAUGAACACGGGCAUUGUACUCCGUAGCUACAGUAGCUUGCAAAGCUUUGCAAAAGCUCGUGAUGAUUUAAAUUAGGAUCGCGUGGCCCUCUUUGAGAACACUUCAUCCCGUCCCAGGUUUCCGAGGCCUCGUGUCAUUGAUUUUUGGAAGUCCAAACAGCGAAUAGAAAACGCGUCUCUCAACUCUAAACGCAGUUACUCUCUGCUUAUCGUAUCUGAAUUCUUUCGUUGACGGACAGUCCCUAUCUAAGGGAGCCCUCCCGACUCGUCCAAAUCCAGUCCCAUAUCCUUACAAUCAUGGACGGCCUCACCCCAUUUCACCUCCUCGAGACGCCGCAAGGAUUUGCUACGUUACUGCAGCAGGCAACGGAGAAGAUGACAGUCAAGCAAUACUCUCAGCUGCAAAAACAUGCAACAAAGGAGGUACUAUUGCUCUACUAGAUGCGGCAUACACAGUUGGCAACCCUCUUGAUCUCACGUUCCUUGAUUCUGUUGAUUUCGUCAUUCAGGGAACGCUUUCGUUCACUCCCGAUAUUGAUUUCUGGGUCGAGAACACUUUCAAAUAUACUUAUCAGACCGCGAGUCUGUUCUGGCAGUUUGGAGGACGUGAUGUUAAUAUUUAUGGCGGAGGAACUAUUAACGGGAACGGUCAGGCGUGGUGGGAUACAUGGGCAGAGGAUAAUACCGUAAUGCGACCAACUUUGUUUGGAGUUAUUGGGCUCAAGGUAAAAGAUUCAUUCAUUCUACAAUGAAGUGCAUGCUAACUCACGGUGAAAAUAGGGUGGGGCGAUCAGCAAUUUGAAACUGAUCAACACCCCAAACUGGUUCCACUUGGUGGCAAAUAGCUCAGAUAUCAUCUUUGAUAAUAUGAACCUCAAGGUUGCGUCUACGAGUGCAAACCCAGUCAAAAAUUCAGGCAAGUUUUCUAAAAAACUGAUAAGUGGUUGUACAUUGAAGCUAAGUUUUAUUUCAGAUGACUGGGAUACCUACAGGAGUGACUCCAUAACCAUACAAAAUUCCUAUGUCUCCAACACCGAUGAUUGCGUCUCUUUCAAGCCAAAUAGUACAAAUAUCGUCGUUCAAAAUAUGGAGUGCAUUAACUCGCACGGGAUUUCAGUCGGGUCUCUUGGACAGUAUGUUGCACAGAGAGAUAUACUUGGUUCGUUUUCCUCGUGGUACCUGGUUGAUCCCUGGUAUUUGCUAAUACCGUGACCAGAGAAUAUCUACGGUUACAAUGUGUCUAUGAAAACAUCCGGUGAUGGCGCUCGUAUUAAGGUAUGGUCAGGGGUUGCACCGGGUAGCACAGUGAAAGAUGCCGGAGGCGGAGUAGGAUACGUUCGCAAUGUUACUUAUAAUGGAAUGCAUAACACUAAGGUUGACUGUGGGUAUCCAACCUUCCCCGUGUCUUUCAUGUAUUCAAUACUGAUUGUUUGACAGAUGCUAUCGAGUUGACUCAAUGCUACAGCCAAAAGAACUAG